UCCCCUUCCCCCGCCCCGAGCCGGAGGACCCGAGCCUAGCAAAGAGAGAUGAGCAACUCCAGCAACAAGCGCGCCCCUACCACGGCCACCCAGCGACUCAAACAGGACUAUCUGCGCAUCAAAAAAGAUCCAGUGCCUUAUAUCUGUGCUGAGCCUUUACCAUCCAAUAUCCUUGAGUGGCACUAUGUUGUACGUGGACCUGAAAUGACACCCUAUGAAGGUGGCUACUACCAUGGGAAGUUAAUUUUCCCCAGAGAAUUUCCUUUCAAACCUCCAAGUAUUUAUAUGAUCACACCAAAUGGAAGAUUUAAAUGCAAUACAAGGUUGUGUCUUUCCAUUACUGAUUUCCACCCCGACACAUGGAACCCAGCUUGGUCAGUCUCCACAAUCUUGACAGGCCUUCUUAGUUUUAUGGUUGAAAAAGGCCCCACUCUGGGCAGUAUAGAAACGACAGAAUUUACGAAGAGGCAACUGGCUUCGCAGAGUUUAGAAUUUAACGUAAAAGACAAGGUCUUUUGUGAAUUGUUUCCUGACAUGGUGGAGGAAAUCAAGCAGAAACAGAAGGCACGAGAAGAUCUCCACAGCCGGCCAACGACUCUCCCGCUUCCGGAUGUCAUCCCUGACGGGGAAGCUCAUCAUGGCCAGAACGGCCUGCCAAUUCUUAACGGGCACCCGCCUUUGGCUGCAGCUAACAACCCCCUUGGCCUCCAGCAAGCUAACCGCCAUCAUGGACUCCUGGGUGGAGCUUUGGCAAACUUGUUCGUUAUAGUGGGCUUUGCGGCUUUUGCGUAUACAGUGAAGUAUGUCUUGAGGAGCAUUGCGCAGGAGUGAGACGCUCUGGAGUUCUCCUUCUCCUUCCAAGUCUGGGUUCUGAGACCAAAAUAACAGUAGUGGCAGGAAGGAAACAAAACAUUUGGGACUCUGUGGGUCUCGUACUCCCGACUGUGGGGCUAACUGCUGUGAUGUGUACAGGGUUUCCUUUUUUUUUUUUUUAAUUACUGGUUUGGCUCAUGGAAUUAGUUUUGUUGGAAGGGAGGGAAAAACCCUGUUUGGGAUUGAAAAGGAUGUGAUGGGAUGGAGGAAGGAAGAGGACAAACACACUGUCUCCCAAGAAAAGAAGAAGAAGAAGAAAAAAAUCCCUUUCUGAAACAGGUAAAUUGUAGGAUCUAAAUUUACCGGCCUGCAAAAUCCCUGUGUUUCGUUUUUCUUUUCUUUUUUUCAGAGCACUAUGAAUCAGUUCUAACAUCUUGGAGUUUUUGAGAAGUUGGGCAGAGGCAUCCACUUUAAGGCAACAUGGGUUUUUUUGGCGAUAGGAAGAUGGGGUGGGAGAGCAUGGGCAGUCCAUGCCUGUUUUAAUACGGAUGGGUAGAUCUCUCAGAAAAGGAGGGUAGAGGAAUAAGGAGCGCUCUUGUUUCCUUAAGAGAUCCCCUUAGAUCACCUCGCUUGACGUGCUGGUGUUUGCUGCUGAACGGGUUCCCAAACUGAGCAGAUGUUUGGAUGAACGCUAGAUCCUCGAGGCAGCAUUUUACAUACUACGCUUGCCCGAUGCCAGAGAGUGAAUUUACAGUUCUUUUAAAAUAAAGUUUGGAGUGAGGGUAAGCAUAAAGCUUUUUGAGCCACCCCAACAAAGUUAGAGGAGUUUUGGUGCUAACAGACACAGCCUGGGUUUACGCAAGAGAGAAAACUUUUCCACUCUCCCACGCAACCACAAGGGUACAGUGGCCUGAGUAACAGUGUGUGUUUUAAAGCAGGCACGUUCUUUGCCCAACUCAUCACAAUGUGCAGUUUUUCUUCUUAUAAUUCUGGCCCAAUUAAAAACGUGCCCAAUUGCUCUUUAAAAGAGAGAGGCAGGACAAUGGCCAAAUCUUACCAGCUUUUGUUGGCCUUUUGAUCAGCA